UGGAAAUAUUUACGGUCACCAGACUAUUUGUAUCAGUUUAGUGUUGAAGCCGCGAAGAGUGGUGGCGGUGUCAUAAAAAAAAUGAACCUGUGGUGUUGGUCAAAAAAGAGGAUUUUUAUAUCCGUUUAUUUGCUUUUGAAACGUAAUUAAAUGAAACAGACAUCUAGUAGUAUGACUUGGAUACAUUCUCCGCGAGUCCCACAUUCUCUGGGAGUAAGUUUGGCUUGCAGUUUUUGGUGUUGAACGAAAGGGUUUUACCGGUCUGAACCAGCACAGCAGUAACGACCAACCGCAGAUCAGACGAAGCUGUACGCGGCCGUACGACGACGAGGAGCACACACACAUUGAAUGUCUUCAUGGUACAUUUUUGGAUCCAGUGCAAAAAGUUAUUCCUGUGUUCAACCCGUUGUGUAGAUGUUACAUGAAGUUGGAAUUGGUAACUAUAUAUAUCUGAGUUGUGCAACACAACUCAGGCUGCCAGUUGGAAGUCAUUUUUGUUAACUUCACACGAAUUUAGGCGGUCAGUUUUGUUUCCAAAAUGAUGGGAUUUCCUAAACGGGGUGAGGACAACCUCACUCGAGCGACCUCACUAUGCAAGAACUUCCAGCCGAAUAUGUUCAACAAAACCAAGUGCCAGAAUUGCUUCAGAACCAGGGAAGCACACGACUUGGAUGGAUCUGGAGGAAACAAUAAGCCCAAGAAAGUUCUAUUAUGCGGAUAUUUGUUCAUCGCACCGGGGUUAGACCCUGAGAACCCUAUGCCACGCUCAAGGAAAUGGCAGCGUCGAUGCUUCAUUCUGUACGAGAACGGAGAGCUAGCCUUCGCACUCGAUGACAGCAUAAACACCACACCCCAGGGCGUGAUCAACAUGUACCAGUGCGAGAAGGUCUUCAACGCCGAUGCGCAAACUGGACAGAAGUUCUCCCUCGCAAUACAGUGCACCACGGCAACAACGUUCAUCAGAGCAGAGACGCGUGAGGAGAAAGACAGUUGGUUAGAAACACUGGGUGAAUACCCAGAGAUCAACAAGGAGAAUGAGAGAAUGAAACAACGGCAGUUGAAGCUCGCCGCUCAGCACGCUGCUAGACAGGAGAAGUACGGCAAACCUCCUACACUUGGAAGCAACAGCAAAUCCAGUCCAUUACCCAGCUCCAAGUCAGACACAUCGUUAAACAAUACCCUGAAUGACUCCUGGCCAAAGAGUAGCUCCGAAACACGGGAUAUCUUGAAAGAUCAAAACGACCAGCGGAAAGAUGUCUACCAACGGUCACAAAGCACCCUCGAAUCGAGGCCCCGUUACUCCGAUCCGACCAACUCCUUCUCCAGGAGCACUCCAUCCAUGGCGGGACAUGCGGCGGUCGUCGACCAACAGGACAGCCCCACCCAAUCAUCUAAGAGGAAAAACGAAACAACGACCACCCUAGCCUCAAAGUCCAAACGUGCCGACGAGGAAAUGAGCUCUGCUCGCCAGGCUAGGCUUCAGAACGAGGCAACCUCCGUCCCUGCCUCGCAGAGCAGCAGAGCUUCACGGAUGCGAGCCCGUGUUAGGGCUUCUGACACCGGAAUCACGGAGCUAUCAAAGAGUGGAGCUGCUCUUGCUCUCGGUAUUCAGAGAAGUCGAAGCGACGUUGUCGUUGACCGGGGGGCGUACACCCCUCUCCAUCAGAACAAUAACAAUGUCAACUUUGACCUGUCGUCGGGAUUUGGUUCCCGCAGUGACCCGCAAAGACGAAGCUGGAGGAAUCGCACCACCCCUGAUGAACCACUGCCGUCCACCAAGGAGGUUCCAUCACCUCAGGAGAAGUCCCCGCGGGAGACGUUUCCUCCGACCAAGGUGCCGACCCCAACCACUGUUGCCGAGGAGAGCCCGGACUUUGGUAGAGAUCGGUCGAGUACGAAUGAGUCUCACACGUCGACAGUCAGUACGUCCAGUGAUGACUUGGAGAGAUUGGAUAACCCAAGGAAAGCCAACUUUCUUGUUAACAAGGCAAUGCUUGAUGGGGAUUCGCCAUCUCCAAGUAAGAGGACGAUUGAACGAAGGAAACACGCCCACAAUCGACGCGCCCGACACACCAUGGAUGGAAGUAUGCAUGUCACUAUACCGCCAUCUAGUGAUGAGAGUGAGACCAAUAAGGAACCGCCGGCGACGUUAAAAAGAUCUAAUUCUGACCCAAAUCUAGCAGACAACGACGACAUGUUGAAGCGCAAACAGAUUGCUAUGACCUUCCCUGGUCUUUUCCAUCUGAAGAAGGGAUGGUUAAUCAAGCAAGGAGAUGGAGAACAGGAUUGGAGUAAACACUGGUUUGUGUUGUGUAACAACAAACUAAGCUACUACAAAGAUUCCAGUGAUGAAGAUCCCAACAGUCUUGACGGAGUGAUUGACCUGGCCAAAUGCAACAAGGCAUCUGAAACGCCGGUCAGCAAAAACUAUGGCUUCCAAAUUGAGUUGGAUACCGGCGUCAUCAUCCUUGCUGCGAUGACAUGCGGUAUCCGUAACAACUGGGUAGGAGCAAUCAACAAAGCUAUCAAGACAGCCUUGGAGGACAGCAGCAAGAAAACUGAGGAAUCCUCAUCCCUCAAGGAGAACAAACCUGAGAACAGGGAAAGGGCGAGAAGCAAACCCAGCUCCUUGUUGCUUUCCAAGAGCACCAGUGAGGUCCAGCCGAAGGAGGACAGGUCUUCCCCGUUACAACCCGUUAAGAAACUUAUAAACAAUGUCGAUUUGACAUCCAGGUCGAGAACCAUUUCACAAAGUGAUGGUAAAUCUCCCCGUUCCCCGGUUGAAACAAAAGCGCUUACUGAACGGAGCGCACAGUCGACCAAAGCAUCUCCCAUCGAGUCGCUUCCUCCGCAUUCUGGAAAGUCUGAAGGCAGGAAGAGUUCAACUUCCAAAGUCUCAUCUACCUCUGAAUCAAGACCUCGGAGAGGUUCGGUCCCAAAAGAAACAGAAGGAAGGCGGAACUCUGUGUCUAAAGAACCUGAAACAAGACAGAAACGUUCGGGCUCAUCCCCGCGGGACAGUUCAGGCUCAGAGUCAUCAAAGUCAAGCAAGUCCAAGGACAGACGGUCAAGAAGAGGCUCUCGAACCGAGAGGAGAUCCCAGGAAGAAACGGCUGCAGCCGUCACAGCUGCACUCUCAAAAAGAACUUCCAAUAUGAACUCUGAACAGGUCUCAGCAUCGACGGAGGAAACUGUUAAAUCAGUGAACUCUGACCAGCUAACCCACCGGAUCACGGCCAGUAACUCAGAGAGAAGGUCACAGUCUUCCACUGGAGAUGCGACUGUCAUCGCACUCCUUGAACAGGAGGUGGAAACACUCAAGGGUCAGUUGGAGCAGAAACAAACAGACUGCUCGCGCUUCCAGAAGGAGACUGUCAACCUGAAAGCUCAGUUGAAUACUGAGCAGCGAGAGCACAAGGAAAGCUAUCUGGAUCUGGAGAAUGAGCAGUCAGGGUACAUGACCCAGAUUGAGCAGAUGGCCGAGCGUAGCCAAAAGUCGGAAGUGACCAAUCAAAAACUUCAGGCUGAGCUUCGUCAGGUCAAGAACGACUCUCAUCAAGCCCAACAGCAGGUCCAUCAGCUCGACAGUCAAGUAACAAACUUGAAGAAUGAUUUACAGGGACGAGACAAAGAACUGGACAUCAUGAAAGCACGUCUUGAAGAGGUCAUUCAGGAUCUAUCGGCCAGCGAGAACGAGAUCGGAGAGAUCAAAGCCAAUCUCAAGACGGAAAGGGAGCGCAGUGAAAGUCUAGAGAUAGAAUUGACAGACACAUGGAUGAAACUUCGGACGGAUGGAAUCGAAGGACUGAAUGUGGACAUUGUUGAACGCUUGUCAGCGAAACUUGAUGAAUCAAGGACUCGACUGGAGGAGAGGGAAAAUGACUAUGUAACGAACGAGGAGAGAUUUGAAAAGCGUUUGGUUCGCAUACAGAGUCAGUUUCAGUCAGAAAAUGCUGCUUUGCAGGAGAAGCUAAAUGCAGCUUUACAAGAGUCUGAGAGACAAAAAGCUGGAAGGACAGAUCAGACUUUAUCUUCGGGGAUGGACCCACGGAAAGAAGAAUUAGAAGGAUCCCUGAAAGAUGUUAAAGCUCAGUUGAAAGCAGAAACAUCUGCUAAAUCAGUCCUGCAAAAAAAUUACAAUGAACUAGUCGCUCAGUCAGCGCAUCGGUUUUUGGAAGGACAGGGUGACAUGGCUUCUACUGGGAGUGAUGACAAUACUAUUAAGUUGGAAGUUGAUCUGGAUGAAGCUGAAAAGGAAAUUGACAGAUUAAAGAAAAAUAGCGAAACAGAGAGAGAGCAGAAGACAUUUCUUGAAAAGGCCUUCCAGCGAGAACAGGCUCUCAGAAAACAGCUUGAGGAGACAGUCUCCAAUUCAACUCAGGAAAGUGGCAGCUCAGAAGUUGAACAACGGGAUGCAGAGAUCGUUACCGUCCGUGCUGAACUGAAAAAAGCUAAGAAAGAGCGAGAGGCAGUCAACCUUGUGCGAAAGCAGCUGGUGUCAGCAGUGGACAGUUUAAAUGCCCAGUUAUCAGAAAAAGAAAGGGUUGUCGAGAAGAUCAGUGCUGAACUUGAAACCCGUAGCAGUCAGAAUACCAAACUAGAAGAGGAGAUUCAGGCAAGUAUGUCUGAAACAGCAAGUCUGAGGAGCAGAGUUGAAAGUAUGGAAGCUGGCUCAAAUCAUACUGGGAGGAGUGGACCUGAAGACCAGUCCCAACUAGAAUCUCUCCGUGCAGAACAACGGCAGCUGAAACGACAGAUGGGUAGCCUUCAGGAGGAGCAUGCUUUUGAGAUGCACAGUCGACAAAGUGAGUUGCAAACCGCAAACAAUGAAAUCGCUAGCCUUCAGGAGAAGUUGUCCGAGUUGCAGACUAAAUGGAAAGAUGCAGUGGAAAGAGCGACCAAGGCAGAGAAUGAUGCUGCAGCCAGCAUCCUUGAGAUACAGAAAGAAAAUGAACAGCUGAGGUCAAAGUGUGAACGCUUUGAAAAGGAGAUCAAACGCCUGCGUGCAGAGCUCCAUGAAUCCCAAGACAACUUUGAUGAGCUGGAGCUGCAGUUCAUUCACAAGAGGGAGGACCUGAAGAGGCUGGAGCAGACCCACGAGGAGCAGAUUGGCCAGAUGGGGUACAGGAUUCAGGACCUCACCAGCAAAUUGGCAUCAACUGAGCGUAAGGUGAGAGAUCUGAGGGGGGUAGAUCACAGAAAUAGGGGGAAGGGUGGAGUGGGUGCUGGUGGGAUGGGAAUGCAGCUAACGCAAACUCGCCAGAUGGAAACAAAGCUCAAAGAACUGGAGUCUAAGCUGGGGGAUGUUGAAAGCACCUUGCAGAACCAGGACCAGGACACUAGCAGCUUACUGGGAAAGAUAGUCUCAGUAGAGCAGCAGGUCCACAAUUGGGGACAAGGUCCUUCCACAAGUUUGUCAAGUGUUGAUGCUGAGCAACAUCAAACCCAGCCGAUACAGCUACUCUCUUGUGGCUCUUCGGCUGCCAGUGCCCCUCGUGAUAGCAUAUCAACAUCUGGUGCUGAUUUGUCUGAGGAUUCAGAAGCAGGGGCAUCUGGUACUUCACCAGACCGGGCUAAGCAGACUUUCAGAGCUCGGUUCUUGGAGACCAAGCUCAGUGAGACAGAACUGAAGCUGAAGGAGGUAACUAGAAAGCUGGUUGAUGUGACGACGCGGGAGUUGGAGAACCGUAAGGCCUACCAGGGGAAAAGCAUCUCAGAAAGCCGACUGAAAGAGAGGUUAAAGAUCAUGGAGUGUGAGAUUGCAGAGGUUACAAGGGAGCUCCAACAGACAAGGAACAACGGAGACCUUGUCCUCCUGGAGAAGUCCCACCGUGACGUCAUGGAAGAGAUGAGGCAGGCCCACAACCAGGAGAUGAAGGCACUGGAGGAGGAGAAAGAGAGAGAUCUUGAAGAGGAGAGGAAAGCUACUUCCUUGACCUUAGCACUCAUUAAAAAAACUUACGAAGAGGAGUUGCUGAAAGAGCGGGAAAUGCUGCAUCUGAUCGUGCCGAAAGACCGAGGCACGAAGGAAGUAUCCAAGAAAGAUAAGAGCAGCAAAAGCAGCAAAACUUCUCGACGAGUCCCUGGUUUAUCAGCGAUACAUAAAUCCCAUAAGCAAGAACUUGAGACGCAGAAACAGCAUGUUCAACAGAAUGUUUCCAAUGACGUCGAGGUGGUCAUGAAGAGACACAGGGAGGUAAUCACCAAAAUGGACCGCGACUGGAAGAUCAUCUCGGACAAAUUCACCAAGGUCUGCUCUGAGAAUAUGUCCCUCAAGAAACAGGCAGAGAGCAUGCAGAAGACGUUGAACAGCACCAGGCACGAACUGGAGACGUGGCAGGGGCAGAUGAAGCAGCUGAUUGGACGGAAGGCGGCGGACAUGGCUACGUUGAGGGAGCGAGUACUGGCUGGAUACGACGGGGAGGAUUGGGGAGUUGACGGCAACGAUAAUGAGAGGAACCCAUUGCAGGUUUUAUUGAGGUUCCGUGAGGCAGAGUUACAGUGCACUACCAAUGACAUGAACGAACUCAAAGGAGCACUGGAAGUUGGACAUACGGAGAAGAAGAAAAUCUCAGAUCAGAACGUCUUAUUGGAAGGCCAGCACCAAUCCCAAGAGGAGUACAUCAAACAGCUCCUUACGGACAUGGAGGAACUCCAGCAGCAGUUUGAGAGAGUGCGGACUAGCGGUGAAGGAGAGGCGGCUCAAGACGAAGUGGUAGAGAAGAGUAGAGAUAGCGGUGUGGGGAGCGGGGACACCAGGGGUGACGCGAAACUCAGGUCGUGGAUACCAUUCUUGAAGAGGGAGCGAAGUGACUCAUCGGGAAAGAGCACCUCCUCCUCGAGAAGACGAUCGGGAUCUGACACGACGCAAACAGCCGUCAAAAUAAAGAAAGGCGUCACUGAAUGAAAGAUAAAACAUCUUCCAACUUUGUCUCUAACCUAACUCGAAGAUCGUCGCUGCAAAGAUUCUCACUGACAUAAUCAACCCUGCCAUUGGUACUGGAGAAACUGGGAACCCGUUUUAACAACCGUCUCUCUCUCUCUCCAGCCGCUCUCAAGUACCAACAAGAACCUCCUACUUCCUCUGAAUAUCUGCAAUUUUCCUCAAAGUCCCCUCCAGUUAUUCUGAACGGCCAGCUCCCCAUUUUUCAAUUAUUUAUUUUUAAAAAUAAAAAAUAGUCUGCCGAAGUACAUUUCUACCUCAGUCUUGUGCUAGAUUUACACAAAAGUGCCUUUCUCCGUUUGUCGAGUCGUGCUUAUAGUUUGACCGGAUGAGUGUUGAGUCAUGUUUAUGAAACCGUGGCCAGUUCUUCCUUUUGUGCUAUUUCUGGAUGUGACUUCAACAGAUUUAUUUUUAGAUUCAUGUUAAGCGAGGGCGCCCUUCUGAACUUGAAUGGCUGUCAUCAAAACAUAAAGUCUGAAAGUCUGAGUUUGGCUACAACUGUGGCUUGUUUGUUGCAUCUGGUCUGUACGUAACAUGGCUGAUGAAAUCAAUAGCCACAAGCCACUGUGGCUAGCUCACCAACUAAAUCUGUUCUAAUUGAGUCGGGAUGAAUUUGUUAAUACCAACAUAACGUAUCAGCAUUUCAGGCAUGAAAUUCUUCCUACUUUAGUCUGGUUUACGAUUUUGUUUGCCAUUGGGAAAAAUCUGGGGAAAAACUUUUGUUAAAUAGCCUGAAAAGUCUAGUGAAGCCUACAUCAUGCAUACAUGUACAUGGAUGUACCAUAUUCCUUGCUCGAUGGCUGUACUAAAUCAAGUUUUCCUACUUUUUUCAAAGGACCAAAAAUCACGCCUGGCAUUUGAGUUUUGUGGAAAUGAAUCAAGUUAUGAAUUAUCUGUUGAAUGGGGUAAAGAUGAAACAGCAUUUUUUGUUGGCAAAGCUGCUUCUACUUGCAUCAAUAUGAAGUACAACAUCACUAAUGGUAUGGAAAGGUUUGCGGUAAUGACUUUCUCUAAAUUAGUUUGGGUGGGUCUGAAAAGAACCAUUGGUUUCAACUAAUGGUGACAAAACUGCCACUGAUAGUUUGCAUAGUCUCUUUGAAUCAAGAUAAGGUAUAGCAAUUAUAGCGGUUGUUAAACUACUUCUAUUUGAUCGCACACUCUUUCUUACUGCGAAAAUCUUGACUUACAACGUGUGGAAUCAUGUGCUCCACAGUAAGCACAGGGUACGGCAGUAAGCGGAGUUAUGAAAUGGGCCCAGAUAAGGUACAGCAUUUGUAAAUGUGGAUACAUUUAGGCCAGUGGUGUAUGCACUCAGUUCUAAUAUUGAACAACAAUUCCAGCAUUGGUAACGCUCUGUUUGGUCAAGCGCAGAGCCCCCCCCCCCCUUUUAUUUUAUUUACUAAAGACAAGAUGUGGAAAGAAAAUUGAUCAAGUCCUGUUGACAUUUUGAGUUUUGAGGGUUUUUUGUUUUUUUUAUUAUUAUAUAUAAAUCUUCCACUUAUUUUGAAAGGUAUUAAUGCAGUUUGGUGACAUUAGGGAAUGGGAAGCAAUGGAAAAUGGUUACCUGCAAGAAUGUUUCUAAGACGUUGUUCUUCCAAGUAAUCUAUCAAGACUGCUCUAAAUUUUCCCCAGUUUCUUCUUUUGUAUCGUAAAAGAAUUACAGCUCUUUGAAAUUGGGACCCAAAUAAUUUAAACUAUUAACAGUCUUUGGAAUGCUGUAGUGAUGCUGUGACAGAAAAAAAAACAUUCAUGGAACAAUUUUGAACCAUUUGGGGGUGUUUUUUAGAAGAACAAAAAUAUUCAACUUGGUUUUGAUAUAUAUUUUGAUCUUUUAUCAUAUACUAAUAUCUAUUUUUGUACAAAUGCAGACUGUGUUUUCUCUAUGCAAGCAUCAUGCAUUAGACUGCAAAAAAAAAGAAGCAAAACAUAGGGGGGAAAUAUUUGUACAAUGUGCUUUAGUUUGUUACACAUUUAAAAACUGCCCAUGUUUGCUGUUAAAAAACUUCUAAUUCGUUUUUAUAUUUGGUAGGGUACAUUGAACAAGUGAUUCAUUUGUCAUCUUAGUUUUCAUUUGUUUAAUUUAAUUCAGAUAUAAAUUAUAGAUAGUCGCUUAGUUUUUUUAUUAUUAUUUUUUUAAAUUAUUUACCUUUUGUUUAUUUGGUUCAUGGCUUUUAUUUUUGUUUUCUUUGAAGAAAUCUUGGAAGCGAAUGAAUCAAAGAUGAUGAAAAGGGCUGAACAAACUGAGGGCAUACAGAGUCCGCCUGUGUUAUUUAAAAAAUGUGCCUUUAUACAAUACAAUACAACAAAAAAUUAAUGUAAAAAAAAAAAACCUUAUUGUGCUAUUAAUAAUAAAUGUUUACAAGGCUUCCAUGAAUAUACCUUGCUGUUUUUUUACUGCCGAGAUUUUUUUAUGAGCUUAAUCAGGUUGAUGUAGAAAAUAGAUCGAAAGAGAGAAUAGUUUGUGGGUUUUUUCCACCCACUUUAAACGGAAGUUCAGUAUCACUAGUAGUAAAUUAAGUGUUGUUUUGUCUACACUUUGGGUGAAAGGUGGGGGUCAUUCUGAAUUCAUUCAAAACAUUUUGUCAUUCAGAAUUUGCUGUCAGAGUUUGUUUGGUAAAAAUAGGUAUGUAUUGGGUUACCUACAAUUAGAACAAAGCAGGAGUAUACGUGAGAUGGGGUUGGGUUUAAAAAAAAAUUAGGGAUCAGAAAGGUAAAUUGUUGUAAAUUUCUCUUUCAGUUGAGGUGGCACAAAAUUAUUGACAUACAAAGCAACAAUUUAAAAUGCACACCAACAAGAAACUAUCGGCUAGCAGUCCAACUGUUAUUAGGAAUAACAAUAAUAUGUCUGGUUUUCUUGAAGAAGCUUUUGCUGAAAAGAGUUGAAACUGAAGAAUUUCUCGACAUUUACCCGGAUUCCUAUAAAUACAAGAGAAUUUGUAGACAUUUAACCCAAGAUGUAUGGUCCUUUGAGGAUGAAUUUCAUCUAGGAAUCUUAAUGUCGAGCAGCUCUGUUUUGGGGUCUUAAACCAAGGUAAAUGUGUUCUAGAAGAGAGAAAACAAACUCAACUGUAGGACUUGUUUAUACAUGCAACUGUUUCGGAUCAGACAAAAUAUCAAUUAACGAUGUUCAUGCGUGACCAUUACAACAUUUCUUAGCAGUUUUAUUUAUUAAACUAGAGAAAAACAUCCAGAAAUGUGUAGUCUGUUUGGGGUGCAUUUCCAAAAGGAUUCUCUGUAUCUCCAUAAUAAUUUAUUGUAUGCAGAUUAUUUUUUUGUGACAAUUUUUGUUUGUCAUCCAAAAUCUAUUCCUAAACACUGCCUUGAUUUAAUUAAUUUAUAUUAAUUAUUAAGUUUUCUGAUGCUAGAGCUUUCAAGAAAAAGGUUUUUUUUUUAUUACUUCUACCACUCAACCUUUCGUCUUUUUAUUUAUAAAUCCACUAAGUGCAGGAAAGAAAUUGGUGUCUCCCCCCUAAUGUUUCACUUAAUUGUUGAACUGAAAUUAAUGUCUAAAAUAACCACUGCUAAAGUGUCCCAUUUGCGGGAGUCUUAAUUUAUUAAACCACAUUUUGGGGUAAUGAUUUUAUUUUGAUGUUUUUGCAGUUUGUAUUCAAAUAAACAUCUUGAUGUCAAAUAUAAUUCUGCUUUAGUAAUAUAAUAACGAUCAAUUUUAUCAAGUUUGCCCCUUCGGGUGUAGGAUUUGGUUAUUUCUGAGUUGAAAGAAUAUGCAUUUGUGAUGUCUGUGAAUGUGGAAAAACAUUUUUGUGGGGUUGGGUUGGGGUUCUGUCAAGCCCAUCAAAAUAAUCAUGUUGAUGGAGGUUGCAUUUGAUUGAUUAAUUUCUGAAGUCACAAUUUUGAUAGUAAAGGUAUACUUCUGCGACUAUGAGAAAUAUACUAUUAUGUUUGGGUUUUUUUUCUCGUUUUUUCUUGUAGCACUCCUGCUAGAAGUUUUGUUUAACACAAGUGUUUUAAACAAUUCCUGAACAUUUCAGGAUAUACAUGCGUUUUGUAUAGUGUAGUAGUUAUUCAUAUUUAAUUGGUUUAAAGACACUAAUUGUUAAUAAUUAUGGAUGAUUUUUCCAUCUAGUAUAAUAUUAUGUUUUGUUUUUUUUGUCAGUUUUUUUUAAAGUUAACUUGGUGAAGAACACCUUAUUUCUUCAAAUGUAUGUUGUUUUUUCUACAGAACUAUAUUCACAUUAAUAGAGUAAGGAUCAUCACACUAAUGUUGUUUUUGUCAUGUAUUUAUGCUGAAACUUAAUGAACAAUGUUUAAUUACUUACCUAUAAAUUCUAAUGACUUGUGUAUACAAUUGUAUCAUUAAAAAAAUGCAAAAUUUAA